AUGGCCAACCAGCAAACCCUCCUGUCCCCCGCCGAGCUCGCCUACCUCCACACCUCCCUCUCCCUCAGCCCGCCCAUCCGUCCCGACGGCAGAACAUCCAAGCAGUUCCGCCCGCUGACCGCCGAGACGGGCAUCCUGCCCGGCACAAAUGGCAGCGCGCGCGUCUGCCUAGCCGACGGCACAGAAGCCAUUGUGGGCGUAAAGGCCGAAAUCGAGAAGACGGUCGAUCUGCUGGGCGGAGAGCACUACCAGGAGUACGUCAAGAGCGCGAGCGGCGCGGGAGGCGGCGAUGCGGAGGAGGAUAGGCGACAGGCGAGGGGGGAGUGGCUGGAGAUGACGGUGGAGAUUCCGGGAUUGAGGGACGACGAUGCCGGGACGGUGUUUUUGGCGGAGCUGCUAAGGGAGGCGCUUCUUGCGGAUGGGGAGUUUGCGAAGAAGCUGUGGAUUAAUAGACGGUUUCACUGGAGGCUGUAUCUUGAUAUCAUUCUAAUAUCACCGCCGCUGUCAUACCCCCUACCCCUUCUUUCCCUCACAACACAUCUUGCCCUCCUCUCAACAAGACUACCGCGCCUCAAGUCAGAAGGCGACGAAGACCCCAUGUUCGACGACGACUGGGAAGCCUCGCCGUUCCUGUACCCCCGCCAAGGCGCAGCUGCGGGCUCAAGGCCGCCCAUUACGCUGCUGGUUGUUGCGGUGGGAGACAGCAUCCUGUUCGACCCGUCUAAGGAGGAGCUUGCCGUUGCAGAUUCUGCACUGGCGGUGUCGCUGUGCGAGGUCCGGACGCAAAAGGCAGAUGAGAGCAUGGAGGUGGACUCUGGGCGCGAGCUGAGGCUGGUGUCGAUGCGGACUGUCGAUCCUCCGUCGAGGCUGACACCACCUGGAGUGCCUAGUACGGGCAAUUUGGCGGCCAGCGGGACAUUUGAUCCAUCAUCACAAAAGAAGCAGCAGCAGCAGAGAGUGGAAGAAUUCCCCCAGGAGGGUGUUUGGAAGGCACCGCUAGGCGGAACCAGAUUUGCCGUCUUGGAUAGCAUCAUUCAGGCAGUCUUGGAAAAGGGAGGCGUUGCAGACGAAGUUUUGGACGGUUUGGAAGGAGUAGACUUGUCAUAG